GCCAAGAAGCUUCGUGGCGUGCGGGCGUGUUGCUGAGCCGGAAAAUGCGCGCGUAAACCGUGAUAGAUGUGUGUGAAAAUUGUGGCCCGCAACGGGAAAAUUGGCAGAGCAAACCAGCAAGUGUGUAGCGUGCCAUGUGCCUGUGUUUGUCGAGUGCGUGAAUGAAGUGCCACGGAAUUGUAGCGGAAAUCGUUUGCUGGCCCAUCGACUGGCCAGCCAGUGCGGGUGCGCUGUGCUGUUGCGGUCGUGGAUGAUGCGGCUGGAGCUGGCGGUGCCAGGAGCACAGUUCCCGGGCCAUAAUUGUCGGUUGAAUGACUCUCGAUGCGAUAGCAAUAACAGCAAUAACAGCAGAAUCAGCUGCUCCGGCAGCCAUAAUAUUCAUCACGCUCGCUCCAUUUGACGGCGAGGAGGAGCCGACGGAACAGCAACAACGAACAAUUGCCAACAGCACCACCGCUAAAUUUUGGACACAAUCAUAAAUGCGACAUGUUAGCAAGGGCCAAGCGAACGGAAAACACACAACAGGAACAACAACUAUCGUCAGCAACAUUUAAUAAAACUACAAAGAGAGCAGGGCGACCGUCGGGAGCAGAAUUAGCCGGGGGAAAAUAUGGUUCUCAGCACCGAGUGGUCGCAGGUGGAGGUCAUCGAUCUGAUCAACGAUGGCAACGGCUUGGGCUUCAUCCUCGUGGGCGGCCGCAGCACCGGUGUGGUGAUCAAGGCCCUAACGCCCGGGGGCGUGGCCGAGCGGGACGCCCGACUGCAGCUGGGCGAUCAUCUGCUGCAGAUCGGCGAGGUCAAUCUGCGGGGCUUCAGCUCGGAGCAGGUGGCAACAGUUCUUCGUCAGACCGGAGCUCAGGUGCGUCUGAUAGUGGCGCGGCCGGUGGAGCCGACGGCCAUCGAUUACCAAACGCUGGCCUGUCAGGCGCCGAUUAUACCAACUAAGCUCCUCUCCGACCCGGAAGAACUGUCGCGUCAUCUCUUCCAGAAUCCGAGUUUUGCAACUGCUGCCGCCGCCGCAGCAGCAGCGGCAGCAGCGGCGGGCUCCGGCGACGGUGGCGGUGGCGGCGGCGUCCUGGAUGUGGCCAGCUUGGUGGGUCUGGUGCGCGGCGGUCCCGCCGAGGGCUCGCAACUGUCUGCAGUGGAACCGCAACCAAGUGCGGCGCUUCAGCUUCAACAACUGUCCGAGCUGGCCGGCGACCUGGCUGACUUCCCACUGCCUCCGAUUCCGGGUGGUGGCGGCCACUCGUUGCUCACGGACUCGAAUGCCGGCCAACGCCCCUGCCCGCGUCUGGAUCUGGAUAUAGUGCCCUUCUCGAUACUAUCGCCGCCGCCACGUCCCGCCCUGCAGAUGCUGCCCCUGGAGACCCAAUGGCGAUGCGUUCAGGAUCAGAACCAGCACAUAGAGACUGUGAUAGCCGACAGCAAACGGAAGCUGUUGGCCAACGAAGAUGGCGGAUCCGGCUGGGGCUCGGGUUCCGGUUCCCCCGACUCCUACAUGGACUCCCCGGAAACGGAAACGUACGUGGUGGAGCUGCACAAGAAUGUCUACGGCCUGGGCAUCACGGUGGCCGGAUAUGUGUGCGAGGAGGAGGAUCUAUCCGGCAUUUUCGUGAAGAGCAUAAUUGAGGGAAGUGCCGCGGAAACAAGUGGUCAGAUCCAGAUCAACGAUCGCAUUGUGGCCGUGGACGGCAGAUCGCUAUCCGGGGUAACCAACCAUCAGGCGGUGGAACUGCUCAGGAAUACAGACAUAGUGGUUCAUCUGACUCUGGAACGAUUCCUCAGAGGCAGAAAGUACGAGCACUUGCAAGUGGCCCUCACCGAAAUCAAAGGAACAUCUGCUCCCUCCGGCCUAGACAGGAAUCUAGAAAAGGACCAGGACCAGGAGUCGCAGAUAUCCGUGCCUGGGUCCCCGUCAAUAGCCACGUUGAGUUGGCUGCCACCCAAGUCGCUGGAUGCCGAUUCCAUAGCCACCGAAGGCGACGAGGCCGUGGAGGCGGAGUAUGUGGGCAUUUCGGGAGCCGAGGAUGAGUUCAUUGAGCUACCCUCCCGGGACACCGUGGAGUCAAAUAUGUCGCACGUGCUGGACCGCAGUGAUCACAGUGCAGGCGUCACCAAAGAUCAGGCGCCCAGGAUCAGUCCGACUGGGCCGCUGACUAAUGGGCGCAGCCUCAUCCUGGCCGAUGACAGUGGCAAUGACACCGAUGAGCAGUGUCCUGAGCCGGAAGCGGAAACGGAAACGGCACAGGCCCGCAAAGGCUCAAAGCCGGAGGCGGAAAGGCAUACAGAAUCGGAUCUCGAUCUCGAUCCCGAUCCCGAUCUUGAUCCCGGCCAAGUGCCUACGCCCACGAACGAGGCACCUGUGAAAGCGGCCAGCCCGACGGCCGCCUCGCUGCGCGUGGCCUGGAAAAGUGAGUUUCCCGACAGUGAAAUUUUAGUUGCCGAAAUAAAUAAACUUUCAGGUCUAGGGAUCAGCCUUGAAGGCACCGUGGACGUGGAGUGCGGCAUUGAGAAGCGUCCGCAUCACUAUAUACGCUCGAUACUGGCCGACGGGCCGGUGGGCCGCCAGGGCAUCUUGCGGCCGGGAGAUGAGCUCCUCCAGGUGAACGAGCACAAGCUCCAGGGAUUGCGACACAUCGAGGUGGUUAAGAUCCUCAAGGAACUGCCCGCCAGGGUUAAGUUGGUCUGCGCACGCGGCACUCACGUUCCGUCGGUCAUAAAUACCUCGCAAAAUCCGGAGGCCUUUGAGACUCGUAGCCUCUUGCCCGGUGGCCACCAGAGUCUCCAGAAUCUGCUGAGCAAGGCCCAGUCGGAGAGCUCGCUCUACACGUCCAGCACGGCGACUUUAACGGAUGCGGGAGCAGCGGCUGGAGGAUCGGGGGGCACUGCAGGUGGAGGAGCUCGCUCCAAGUCACUAGAAAACGUUUCCGGCUUGGCUCUCUGGAGCUGCGAAGUAACCGCCGUGGAUAUAGAGAAAACGGAACAGGGCUUCGGCUUCUCCAUACUGGACUACCAGGAUCCGAUGGACUCCGAGGGCAGUGUCAUCGUCAUUCGCGGCCUGAUACGCGGUGGUGCUGCGGAGGCAACCAACGAGAUCUAUCCGGGCGAUCGCCUCAUGAGCGUCGGCGAUCGCCUGCUCCAGGGCCUCGAGCUCGACGAGGCGGUGUCCAUCCUGAAGGCCAUGCCGCCUGGACUCACGCGACUGGGCAUCUGCCGACCCCUCUCCGCCUCGGACAGCAAUAGCAACAGCAACAUAGCCUCGCCGCUGGGCGACUCGGCCAGCACAUAGUGGCAGCCCCUUCCCGACGGUCACCAGGAGUCGGAUAUACUUGUAGAACUGGAAACGGAAAUGGCAAGGCCACCGGCAGCGGAAGCGGAACAGGAACUGGAGCAGUUCGCACUGUAUUUUAUGACCCUCAUAUCGGCCUUGUGAAUGCAUCACGACCAGCAGCCCGAAUUGGCCAAAAAAGCAACCAAGCGGAGAAGUCUGCGGCGUAAAUCAGCGAGUCUGGACACUAGAACAAUUUGUACAUAGUAUAUAACCAAAUCCGCACAUCGCCCGAUUGGAUUAACUAUACACGAGCUAGGUUCGAAUUGAUGGCCCAACCCCAGUACUAAAAAUGCAUAAAUAAAUAAAUUG